GCUUAUUAUUGUAUACUUUUCUUUACUUUCUACUACCGAGUUCCUAAUAUUAUCAUUCAAAACAAGCAAGAUGUCGUCCAACACUAUCACCGUGACCCUCACACAACUAGCCAAAAUGAUCGACCACUCUCUCUUGCACCCAACCGUGACCGACGACGAUAUCGUCGCAGGCCUGCGUAUUGCCCGCAUGAGAAACGUUGCAACCGCCUGCGUAAAGCCAUACCACAUCCCGCUGGCUAAGAAGGAGCUCGCCGAUAGCGACGUCCUUGUCUGCCCUGUCAUUGGGUUCCCCCACGGCAACAGUACGACCGAAGUCAAAGUGACCGAAGCGACCGCAGCCGCCAAGGCAGGCGGUGCCGAGAUAGACAUGGUGGUAAAUGUGGGAAAAGUUCUCGGCGGCGACUGGAAUUAUGUGACGGAAGAGAUUCGCCAGAUCAACGACGCGGUCACUGCCCAAGGUGCCAUUCUGAAGGUGAUCUUCGAGAAUGACUACCUUCAGUCCGAGCAUAUUGUGAGGCUCUGUGAGAUCUGUACGAAAUUGAAGGUCGCCUUCGUUAAAACCUCGACUGGAUAUGGGUUCGUCAAGCAGAGCGAUGGGUCCUACAACUAUCGUGGAGCGACAGUCAAGGACCUUAAGCUCAUGAGGCAGAAGUCGGGGAAGUGCGUUCAGAUCAAGGCAGCGGGAGGUGUGAGAACAUUGGAUGAUUUGCUGCAUGUCAUGAGCUUGGGUGUGACUCGAAUUGGUGCAACAGCAACCGUGGCAAUUCUUGAGGAAGCGAAGAAGCGUGGCAUUGGCCAUGAGCCGGUGGAAGUCUCGUUUAGGCCGAUGGCUGAGAACAGCACGGGCGGGUACUGAGAAACCUGUGCAUAGCUGAAGGACGUAGUCAAAUCCAAUAUACUUGGCAGUCCAAGUUGCUGAAUUACCCGGUUGAUGGUUUCGCAGCGUUUAGGGGGGCACAUUAUCUAGACCCCAGAUCCACGUUUGCUCCAGCAUCGGAAAGCCUUCGUCGGCGGAUUGCCGAAUGAAUGAGGGAUUAUGUGACUCUUCUGGAUCCGCUGGUGAUCGAGGGGCAUAUAUAGAUAGUGCUAGUUGAAGUAUUAGCGACAGAAGCCAAGAAAAUACAGGAAUUAUUCAUACCUUGAUCGAAA